AUGACGAUUAUCGACGAUGGGGCUAGCAGUAGUAUUACUGGAUCAACUUAUACUACGAGUACUGAUACAACAACAUCUAGUCUAGCAACUGGUGAAAAACCAUUCGACCCGACAAAGGAUAAUAUUGGCCUGGUGUAUACCGUUCCGGAUGACGAUACUACAAUAUCUCCUGUGAUCUCUACUAUUUCUUCCAGUGAUCCAAGCUCGUUAAACAGAGUUACAUCAUCGCAAAUGUCACGGUUAUCAAGGACUGAAAGUUUGUUUAGAGAUAAUAGAAUUGGGAAUAACGGUAAAGGUUCUUCAUAUAAUGAUGAUUUUUAUGAUUACGCACCUAGUGAUGUGGAUUCCGUAUUGACUAGGUCCACUAAGAAAAUUGAACUUAAACUGAAUAAUAAACAAAAAAUUUUAAUCGUAUCAUCAUGGAAUCUUAUUUUAAACGAUGACUUGACUGAUAAUGACUUAAAACAAUUUUCUCACAUGGCAAAUAUUCUUGAAAAGCAAAGUUCACAUCAUCGUCAUCAUCAGCACCAUCAUAAUCAUGUGCGUAACGAAUCUAGUAGUUCUUCAAGUGACAUAUUAGAAAAAUAUGAUUCCGAGAACAGUGGAAGAAAAUACAGUUGGUCAUCCUUUUCGAAUAAUGGUGACGAUUCUACAUUAUCUAUAUUAAAGGACACUGAUUUCAAUAGAAAGAAAUAUGAUGACGCAAAUAUAAGCAAAUCAUUGUUUUGUACACAGUUCUUCGAUAAUCUAGUUAAUAUUGAUCAGCAAAUGCUACAAGCUUAUCCAACUUUGAGACAUCAAGCAGUUUCGUUUACAAUAUUAUUGGAUUCAGCAAUUCAAAAUUUGGAUAAUAUAAAAAAGAUAGACGAACAAUUAAGAAGCACAGGUAAACGUCAUACAAGAAUCCUAGGAAUUGAUAACACUAAAUUUGAAGUAAUGGGUCGUGCAUUCAUUAUUACUUUACAAGAUAGAUUGGGUCAUUAUUUUACAUCAAACUUAGAACGAAUAUGGUCAAAGUUAUAUUCUUAUUUGGCAGAUAGUUUAUUAGUGUAUGGUGUCGAUCCGGUUUUAACUGAGACUAAGAGUCAUGAUAUAGGAAUAGUUUCUGGGAACUCUAUCGAUUUUGAUCCGCCGGAGAUAAUAGGUCAUCAGGAUAACCCAAAGAGGGUUCUUCUUGAAGGUGAUACCAAAGCCAGAUUGCAGAAAGUACGCUCUGCACCAGCAUGUGCAAAAGGUAUCCAUCACCCAACGGUCAAGAAUAUGCCACGGCAUACAUCUGUGGCUUCGAAGAAUAAAGAGUGUUGUAUAAUGUAG